UCCGCAGGUGGAGGAGUCAGAAUGUGUGUAAGCCAGCCCAGCCACAGGCUGCAGGGGCCGGAGGGGCUGACUGAGAAGACAUGUGGGCAGCUCACCUGCGGUGCCGAUCUCUCGCUGCUACCUGCCCGUGUCGGUUCUGGCACUGCAGCAGCAAACCGUCUACUGGGCCGAAGCCUCGGCUGCCCGCGUGCUCUGGAGCCCGGCGUGCCCGCUGCUCCCCACCGCGCAGUUUUGGCUCGAUGCUGAACCCGACCGGCCCGUCAGCGGCCCGCUGCCAACCCGAGGGCGGUAGGGCCGCCCCCCACGCACUCUUGCAGCCAUCGCCUCUCGCUGGCGCCGCGGCCCGGCCCUCGCCGCGCAACUGCAUCUCCCAGCGGCCCGCGGCACCGCGCUACCGGCCCGGCCUGGCGAGGGACGGCCCCGGCGGUCAGCGCGGCGAGGCGUGCUCCGGCCGCGGCAGGCAUUAUGCUGCUGGAGAUAUUCUUGAUUCUGGGGGCAAUCAUCAUCUACUUCUUACUUUCCAAGAAGAAAGAAGAGACGCUCCCAUUCAAAGAGGGAUGGUGGGGCAAGGGACAGAAGCCUGACACUGAAGAAGAUACAACAAUUUGGCCAUUCAAGGUGGAAACUACAGAAGAAGAGCUGAGCGACUUAUUUAGGAGACUUGAUCAGGCUAGAUUCACUGAGCCACUGGAGGACAGUUGCUUCCAUUAUGGGAUUAACUCAGCGUAUCUCCGGAAGGUUGUCUCCUACUGGAAAAACCAGUUCAACUGGAAGAAACAAGUUGAAGUUCUUAACAAGUACCCACACUUCAAAACUAAGAUUCAAGGCAUUGAUAUCCAUUUUGUUCAUGUAAAACCUCCUCAUUUGCCUGAAGGCCAGUCUGCAAAGCCAUUAUUAAUGGUUCAUGGUUGGCCUGGCUCAUUUUAUGAAUUUUACAAAAUUAUCCCUCUCCUGACUGAUCCUGCCAGCCACGGACUCAGCAAUGAACACAUAUUUGAAGUCAUUUGUCCUUCUAUCCCUGGAUACGGCUUCUCAGAAGCACCUCACAAAAAAGGCUUUGAUUCUGUAAGCGCUGCUUCUGUAUUUUAUGAACUGAUGCUCAGACUGGGAUUCCACAAGUUCUACGCACAAGGUGGUGACUGGGGCUGGCUCAUUUGCACCAAUCUGGCCCAGAUAGCUCCCAACCAUCUGAAAGGUCUUCAUUUAAAUCUAGCCUCAGUUACCAACAUGGGGUUCACCCACCUGCUCUCCAUUCUGCUGGGCCGUUAUCUUCCCGGGCUCUUUGGCUUCCACGAGGAAGAUGUCAGACGGAUGUUUCCCUUCUUGAAGAAAGGGCUCUACAGGAUAUUGGCGGAGUCUGGCUAUGCUCACAUACAGGCUACAAGACCUGAUACUGUUGGCUGUGGUUUGAAUGACUCCCCUGUAGGACUGGCUGCAUACAUCUUGGAGAAAUUUUCUGUGUGGACCAAUCUAGAAUUCCGUAACUUAGAAGAUGGAGGACUAGAGAGGAAGUUUAACCUGGACGAUCUUCUCACCAACAUCAUGAUCUAUUGGGUGUCAGGCUGCAUCGUCUCCUCAAUGCGUUUCUACAAAGAAAAUCUGCAGAAAGGGAUAGGCACGCAGAAACAUGAGAAGCUCACAGCACAAGUACCUACUGGCAUUGCCUCCUUUCCUAAUGAAGUCAUGCACACACCCCAGGCUUGGGCCCAGAAGAAGUACACCAACAUAGUUUCCUUCCAUUUCAUGCCCCGAGGUGGCCACUUUGCAGCAUUGGAGGAACCUGAACUUCUUGCUGAAGAUAUUCUGCAGUUUGUUGGGAAAGUAGAGAAAGAGCAACUCUGGACAAAGAAAAGAGAGUAACUCCCCUUAGGAAAAGGAGGGUAAUUGCCUAUAGCUUAGCACAUGUACAGGCCUUAGUAAGUCUACUGUAAUCAGUGUAAUUAGAUCUUCUUCUUGACCAGAUGUUAGAGGACAGCAAGAAAAAGGCAGGAUAGCUAGAUAAAAUACAGCUUUAGAAACUUAUAUCUUCCUAUUUUUAAAUGUGCAGCUAGGCUAAGAACAUAGCAUGAGGGUUGCUUGAUUAUUUUCCUCCCUCAACAGAGACUUCUAAAAUCUGUUCUGUAACACUACUGCCUCAUACACAGAAAUUGAAAAAUAGACCUUCCUACUAAUUAUGCUCAUUUUAAUUGUUACUAACAGCUUUUCUCCAUGACAGCAGUAAAAACUGAGUUGGUGUACGUGAGAGAUUCCUCACAUAAACAAUGGGGAACAGCCUAACGAGACCUAGCUUGAAUGACUGCGUCCAUUAAUCAGCAUUGAUCUACAGUGCCCAGUAAGCCAGCCAGCUGGCUGCCUUUCUCUUACAGCCUGUGCUGUUAAGCAGCUUUCUGGCUGUGAGAAAGCUCCGCUCCCCUGCACCAGGCUCCCAGGAAAACAAUGUGUGAGGAGCAGCUGAAGCAUCAGCUGAGUGCCUGAGCCACAUCGGCUCCCAUAGCCAAACAAGAAGGGGGAGCAGGGAUAGAAGUAAUUAUAGGCCAAGCUACCUCUGCAUUGAAUUUCUGCUCUUAACUAAAAUGUAAAAGCCCUGGCAGGCUCAAGACCCAGUAGCUUUGCACUGUUUCUGCAGAGUAUUGUAAACACCUCAUAUUAAAGAAUAAAACAUUGAUUAACUUGAAAUUAAAAAGGAAUUUGCUUUAAACUUUGAAUAAUGCUUGCACAUGAAUAUUUGUUUUGCAUCUUUGAACAGGUGAGAUUUUGCUUGGUGACAGCAAAAGUAAAUGUCAAUUUAGAAACUA